AUGAACCGCAUGGGUGAGCAUAUCAUGCCCGUCUUCGAACUACAACAGUUUACAGUGAAUGAAGUGCUGCGCCGAAGUGGUCUGAGACACCGAGCGCCGUUGUUCUGGAGUGUCAACCAGGGACAGUACGGUACCACACAGGCGUGGUCAGGGUUUCUCAUAGAACCCUGCUCGUUGCUGAGGACCAGUACAGG